AUGUUUAUAUUGCUAUCAUUACUAACCUUAUUCCCUUUCUCUUGACUAGAAAGUAAAAUAUCUUGCUGUCAACUAAGGCGGAAAAUUUUUUCUAAUAUUUUGGAAAUACAUAAAGCAAAAAAUCUAAUUUAAUUUAUGAGACUAUCUGUUUUAAUUAAUAUAUAAUUUGCUUGAGGUUUCAUUAUUAUCGUCAAUUAACUAUAUAUUAAAAUACUGUUUACAUCAAAAAAAAAAUAAAAAAUUGUUUGCUCCUCGAUUACAUUUUUCAAAAAACUGGAUUUUCUAAGGUGUUUGCUCGCCAGCCUAGGGACAGUUAGGCCUUGCCCAAGAUAGUGAUGCAUUGGCAAGAAGAACCAAGCUUGGUACUUGUCUUUUCCUGGUCCGUUCAAAGCUCUCUCAUGACCAGGAUGAGUUUGAGCCAUUCUUCCAAUCUUUUCCUCAAGAAAUCUCAGACCUAGUGAUGAACAAGGCAGUGGCCGACAUGUUAAGUCAAUGUAUAGAAGAUAUUUCAGAAGAGGAAGCCAGGGAGCUUAUGAUGAAAUUUCACAACAGUGAAGAUCUUCCUGUCACUAAUCAUAUCAAAUUCGACAAAGAAGAAUUCAAAGCAAAAGGAGACUUCCAGCUGACUCCAGAGCAGGUAAAGUUGUUUGACGAAAUUAAGGAAGCACAGGAAAAAAUUAAAGCAGCUGAAGGAGAUUAUGGACAAGAAGAAGACUUGAACCCUAAUAGAGAGCCACUUCCUUUAGCUCACUUUGGAUGGAGCUAUAUCCUCAUAAUUUUCGGAGUUUUUGGAGCAUUUUUCUACUUCGCAAUCAAAUUGGUUUUAGCUGCAGACGCACCUAAGAAGUCAAAGAAGAAUAAAAAAACUAAUUAA